CCCAGAUCUAAAACUACCCAAAAUCCACACGAAGAUUAUAUCACCCAAACCUUACAAGGAUAUAAUAAACUAAUUGCCUUACCAAAGACAAAUGCAAAUCUAGUAGCAACUUGUUACAACUAUGGAUUACUAAACACAGUAUAUACCCAAACAGGAGAUGAGAUAGCUACGAUACCGGAACUACACAAAGCAUUCAUGAACUACAAAAGAAUAACUAAAGGGACACUUUUCUAUAUAAAAUUCUAUUCAGCACCAGCCGAGAUACUUUAUGAUGAAAUCAAACCAAUAAUACAAGUUAUAAAAAUUGGAUUAACCAGAGAAAUGAUCAUACCGGAAAAAAUAGAAGAACAAGACGAAAUACAAAAAGUGGAGAUACCAGCAUUCUAUGCAGGAAAACGAGUUAUUGGAAUAGCUACUAUCUUAAAUGAGUUAACAUCUAAUUAUUUAAACAAAAAUUCAAUAUGGAGUUAUUAUUCAAGAGAGCAAACAAUGAUAUAUUCAAAUUGUCGAGAAAUUAGAGCAGCAGAUAUGGAAGAACUCAGGCAAUGGGCACUAAGUCUGCUAAAACCUGAGCAACAGCCAACUACAAGAGCUAUAAGGAAGAACUUUAUCUCAUCAGAAAUAAUGACAAGAUAUUGUAAAACUAUUGGACACAAAUAUCCGGAUCACCAAUGUUCUAAAUGCCAAGGAGAAGAUAACGUAAUCCCAGACGUACAGCUAGAAUAAGCAAGAGGCCGACAAAAUAAAG